AUAAAUAAUGGGGGAAGAAGAGAGAGUGGUGCGUCUAAACUCCAAAGAAGCGAAAGGAAAAGGGGAAGAGGCCGAGAAUUGAAACGCGUCUACUUCAGUUUUCACUUUCACUUCUUCUUCUUCUUCUUCAACUCAUCAAAAUGAUAAAACCGCAACCACAUUUCCCAUUUUAACCCUCGGUCGCUGAAUCCACCGUCGUCUCAGAUCCGAAAUGAAGGGUCCGACCCGAUUAUUCACGAUCGGACUCAUAUCAUCAUGGUACUCCUCCAACAUUGGCGUUCUCCUUCUCAACAAGUACCUUCUCUCCAACUAUGGCUUCAAGUACCCAAUCUUCCUCACCAUGUGCCACAUGACUGCCUGCUCCUUGCUCAGCUACGUCGCCAUCGCAUGGCUCAAGAUGGUUCCUCUUCAAACCCUACGCUCCCGCGUUCAGUUCUUCAAGAUCUCCGCUCUCAGCCUCGUUUUCUGCGUCUCCGUCGUCUUCGGCAACAUCUCCUUACGCUACCUUCCGGUGUCGUUUAAUCAGGCCGUUGGCGCAACCACGCCCUUCUUCACCGCCGUUUUUGCCUACCUUAUGACCUUCAAAAGAGAGGCUUGGCUCACUUACGUUACCCUAAUUCCGGUCGUCACCGGCGUCGUCAUUGCCAGCGGGGGUGAACCGAGCUUCCAUUUAUUUGGGUUCAUAAUAUGUGUUGCAGCUACAGCUGCCCGGGCACUGAAAUCAGUCUUACAGGGAAUUUUGCUGUCUUCUGAAGGGGAGAAGCUGAAUUCUAUGAACCUUCUACUGUAUAUGGCUCCAAUGGCUGUUGUUUUCCUUCUUCCUGCUACAUUGAUAAUGGAAGAAAAUGUUGUUGGCAUUACUUUGGCUCUUGCCAGAGAUGAUGUGAAGAUCAUUUGGUACCUGCUAUUUAAUUCGGCACUCGCCUAUUUCGUUAACUUGACCAAUUUCUUGGUCACCAAACACACCAGCGCUCUCACCCUUCAGGUUCUUGGGAAUGCCAAAGGUGCUGUAGCAGUAGUAGUUUCAAUUCUCAUAUUUAGGAACCCAGUAUCAGUAACUGGAAUGAUGGGUUACUCCCUCACAGUCUUAGGAGUUGUACUUUACAGUGAAGCCAAAAAGCGAAGCAAGUCAGUGUCAUCAUAGUCAUACAUGUCAUAUUCCUGGGAAGAAAUUCAUUCUCAACAUUUCCUGACAUGCUUUUGUGAUCAGAAUCCAGAGGUUUCUGUCUCACUCUUAUAUACAAAUUCUUUUGGCCCCACAUUUUGAAAGCCUCAUUGAACGAACGAGAUUCCUAUUGUACUAAGCAAUUGUGCAGAAAUAGCCCACCCCAGUAGAAAGCUCUAAUAAGUAAAGUAACCGAUCUCUCUGCUAUACCAAUGUUGGCAUAAUCAAGGAAAUGUCUUUUUGUCAUUUAUUCUUUCAGGAAAGAGUUAUAUAGAAUUGAAUCUCCUAUCAUAUCUGCUGUUAACAUUACUCACAUUUGUUUAUUGAUAUGAUGAUAUAAUUCAUAUUCUUGCU